AAUAUCCUGAUCUAAAGGGGAAGGAAAUACCUGAUGAAUGUGGGUUAUAUGCCAUUAAGUAUCAGUGCUCAUUACACAUUUGAAAUCGAGGAAGAGGAAAACAGCUACUUGAUGCACCUGUUGGACAAAAUGGGUUGUGACGCGUUUAAACAAUGAACGUAUAAAAUUCCAGCCCCCUAUUAUAUUUUAGCCUUUUUUUAGAAUGGAAACAAGAGAGCAGCUGCCCUUCAGUCUCCCCCUCUCUCUGACCAGCUCCUGUUUGUCAGAGAGUUAUCUUUAUCUUCAUCUUUAACUCUCAGACUUAGGAACAUAUUCAGGCUGUCAUCUCUCUGACUCACAUGCUAAAUCAACAGCACCCUUCACAGGCUCACAGCUAGCAGACUCAUUUCAGCCAUGGCGGACAGAAAGGACAGCAAGAUCCCCGGUAAAGGCAACCUGAUGAAGAAGAAAGAAAAGAAAGUGGAGAAAGCCGAGAGCAAACCUGAAAAGGAGAAAGAAAAAAACAAAGAUAAAGGCGAAAAGGAGACAAAGAAGCCAGAGAAGACCCAAGAAAAUCAGCAAAAAAAUGAGGAGACGCCUCAAGGAAAUGGGGAGGUGGCAGAAGGAGCCAAAGGCCCUGUCAAAGAUGAGGAGUUUGAGCUGGAGCCUAUGGAGCUGCCUCCAUUUGAGAUCAUUGUAGGAGACAGAAUGAACCCGACCUUCUUUAAGUUCCAAUUUAAAAAUGUGGAAUAUUCCUCCGGACGCAACAAGACCUUCCUGUGCUACCAGGUAGACAUUCAAGGAGGCGCUGGGGAGACAGAAGGCCUUCGCGGCUACCUGGAAGAUGAGCACUCGGGUUCACACGCUGAAGAGGCCUUCUUUCAACAGGUGCUGGCCUAUUAUGACAAGUCACUCCACUACACAGUGACCUGGUACAUGUCCUCGAGCCCGUGCGCAGCCUGCGCUGCUAAGCUCGUAGAGAUCCUGCGAGCACGCAAGGCAAUGCGCCUUAAUAUCCACUGCUCCCGUCUCUUCCAGUGGGAGGAAGCAGAGAUACAGGCCGGACUUCAGGCACUAGUUGGGGCGGGGUGUAAAAUACGCAUGAUGAGGCCGGUGGAUUUUGCGUAUGUUUGGUCUACGUUCGUUGAGAAUGAGGAAGAUAACUUUACACCCUGGGAGGACUGUCAAGAUAACUACGAUUAUUAUGAUGAGAAAUUGUGUGAUAUUUUAAAGUAGGGUAAGGAGCCGCUGCUGGCUUCUGAUUAAGACUGUUAAAAACAACCUGAGCACCGCCUUUAAGCGGAUUUUGUAAUUAAAAGCUAAUUAUAACAAUGUCCCUGUAAUGACAACAGCAUUGUUUUGUCUGUCAACACUAUUCAUCCUGUUAAAUCACUUUGUUGACUUUACCGAAUUUAAAGUCAUGAAUUCAAACCACAAAAAUAUAUAAGUAAUACUAAAUAUUAUUUUAAGAAAAAGUUAAAAUAUUUGGGUGAAAAAUUCAAGUAUAAAAUUCCAGUUAACUCUAAGCAAAUUAUUUUGCUAAGUAAAAUAUAGUUUGACCUAAGCAUCAUACUUAUUUCGUUUUUUAAUUUUAUUUUUUAAUUAUUAUUAAAUUAUAUGAUGAGUUUUGGCAUCGCGGACAGUGUCCCUGUAUAUAAAACAAUAAACAUGAGUCAAUUUCCUACCAUGAGCACAAUCUAAA